CAGUCAGACAUAACUCUUAUUUUAAUAACAACUAGCAGCAGCAACAAGUAUCUGGAGGAUUUACACUUGAAGACAUUUUACAUAUACAUUUUUGAUUUCAUACUGUCUCCUGCAGUCAUGGCCCAGAUUUUACUUAACCGUAUGGGGAAUGACCACAAUGAGUAUAUCAAACCCAGUGUUCAACUGAAAAAUCCCUACUUGGACACCAUGGAAGAGGAUAUUCUCUACCACUUCAGUUUGAGCACCAAGACUCACAACCUUCCAGAAAUGUUUGGAGAUAUUAAGUUUGUGUGUGUUGGUGGCAGUGCGACUCGCAUGAAGGCCUUUGCCCAGUUCAUCCACCAGGAGCUGAAACUGCCUGGAAGCCCAGAGGAAAUAAGAAAUAUCUGUGAGGGGACUGAUCGCUAUUGCAUGUAUAAAGUGGGACCAGUGCUGUCUAUAAGUCAUGGCAUGGGUGUCCCUUCCAUAUCCAUCAUGCUACAUGAGCUCAUCAAACUGCUGCACCAUGCCCAGUGUCAUGAUGUGGUCCUCUUUCGCCUCGGAACAUCUGGUGGAGUCGGUCUGGCUCCAGGGACUGUGGUGAUCACAGAUAAAGCAGUGGACUAUUCCUUCCGUCCCCAGUUUGAGCAAGUGGUUCUUGGUAAAGUUAUCACCAGGAAUACUGAGCUGGAUGAAGGAGUGGCCAAUGAGCUUCUGCAGUGCUCUUCGGAGCUUCAAAACUUUCCGGCAGUGAUUGGACACACCAUGUGCGCCCAUGACUUCUAUGAAGGUCAAGGCCGACUGGACGGGGCUCUCUGUUCCUUCUCUCAUGAAGAAAAACUAGAGUAUCUGAGGGAGGCUCACGAGGCGGGAGUGAGGAAUAUUGAAAUGGAGUCCACCGUGCUUGCUGCUAUGUGCCGUGUCUGUGGCCUCAAAGCGGCUGUGAUCUGUGUUACAUUACUGAACCGCUUUGAUGGAGACCAGAUCACUUCCCCUCAUGAUGUGCUGGUGGAGUACCAGCAGAGACCUCAAGUCUUGGUGUCCCACUUUAUCAAGAAACGCCUGGGAUAUAUUGUCUGAGACACCUACAUGUUCCAUCCCUGGCACAGCAUUCCCAAAAGAUUGUAUAUAGCUUUGACUGAUAUGAGGAUAUGUAAAUGUACUGUACUUAGCAUGUUAAUAUUACACACUUAUUUAAAAAGUUAAGAUUAUUAUGAUUUCUUUGAUGCUAAAAUAUUGUUGUUUAUGUAAGGUAACAGUAAUUUUCUAAAUAUUGUGUUCUGUAUGUUGAUUUGACUUCAACUUGUAACUGCCAAGAGAAGUCGAAGGUUUUUCAAACUCUUGUACUUUAUUUGCCUGUUUCAGCUUGUCACUGGGGUGAAGGACAACUGAUUACAUUUUUGGGGUAACCCAAGUCUAUUGCAUAAUUAUUUUAGCUAUAACUACAAAUCUAACAGAUAUAGAGACUAUUCCAAAUCCUAGGGGGAUGCUUGUAGGAUCAAGAAUCUCACUUCAUGUUAAUGUUUGGAACAAAAAUCGGCAAAUUGUGAAAAUGUUGGCUAAUAAUGGGGGUUUGCAGUUUGUUAGUGGUACUGAGUUUUAAAUCUUAUAUGCUUGUUAGAUGAGAAGCACUUAUUAUAUUCCUUAGUAUUUUCUCUUAUGAUACAAGAAGAUGAAAUUACCAGGCACAUUAUGAACAGGCACUGAACUAGUAUUAUUAUAUGUACAGAGAGGUCAUUUUCACCUGUUGGAUGUACAUGUUUAUGCUGUAUGAUACUGUAUUCUUGUAGAGUAUAAAACCUGCAAUAAAGGUAAAUAAUAGUAA